AUGUCUGAUUACUUUGGACCAGUGCCUACGUGGUUACCAACUUUUCUACCAUAUCUGAAUGCUGGUUACUCAUUUCAACAUAUCAUGGAACCUUCGACUUCUAUCAGCAAUACAAGCUUUGCUACAAGCAAAAUAGUUGGUUCAGAGCUCAAUAAUAGAUCUGAUGGUGGGGAAACUGAAGCGCCAUGUGGAUUUCCUAUAGCUGAAAAAUGUACUGAGGAUAGACCAAAUCUUACGGAAUCUAAUAAUGGCAGUGCCGAGAAAUCUCAAAAUGUACAAGUGGUUGAUGAUGAUAUGAUUGAGGAGCCAAAGUCGGGAAUGGAGUUUAAUUUCUUUGAAGAGCUAUUAAGUUAUUAUAAGGAAUAUGGUAAGAAAUGUGGGUUUGGGGUGAUGACAAAACAGACUGAGAGGGAAGAAGAUGAGUCUGUUAGAUACGUCACUCUUGCUUGUGCCCGUGGUGGGAAGGCCCAGAAUAGGACAUUGAAUGUUGCCAACCCACGUUCGACAAGAAAGAUGGAAUGUAAGGCAAGAUGGAGUGCUUCGGUUGACGACAAUACAAAUGAUUUGGUUGGCAUCCGAACGAAUAAGAGUUUCGGAUCUCUUGUUGCUGGCGCGGGUGGAUUCGAGAAUCUCCCAUUUUUGAAAAAGGAUUGUCAUAAUUAUAUUGAUAAGGCAAGACAUCUACGACUUGGCGUAGGUGGUGUUGGAGCGCUCCGACAAUACUUUUUACGGAUGCAAUACAAGAAUUCUAGGUUCUUCUAUACGAUGGAUAUAGAUGAUGACGGGAGGUUAAAGAACAUCUUUUGGGCAGACUCUCGUAGUAGAGCAGCGUACCAAUAUUUCGGCGAUGUGGUCACAUUCGACACCACAUACCUAACGAAUCGAUAUGGGAUGCCCUUUGCACCAUUUGUUUGUGUAAACCAUCAUGGGCAGUCAAUUUUGUUGGGAGCAGGCUUGAUUUCCAGCGAGGAUACCGAGACAUUUGUGUGGUUAUUCGAGACAUGGUUGCAAUGCAUGGAUGGUAUAGCUCCGAAAGUUAUUAUCAUUAAUCAAGAUAGAGUAAUGAAAAAUGCAAUCGCAAUUGUCUUUCCAAAUACCCGGCAUAGAUUUUUUCUUUGGCAUAUACUGAAGAAAGUUCUUGAGAAGCUUGGCUCAUAUGGUUCCUAA